AUGACGUUGGAAGACGUUGGGGCAACUGUAGGUGAGCAAAAUCUGGCGCUAUCGCUGAGUUGCUCAAAGGGUUGGCUAAGUCUGGGAAAGCAGUGCAGUGGUGCAUCCGUGAGUCUGGAUGGGACUCCUGAUCAGAAGAAGGCCGCAGUUGUCACGUUAGAGGGGCCAUUGGAUGCACUGAAUUGCGCAGUGGAGAAACUGACAUACCAUUCCAAGCCGCAAGAGAAUGGCUGGGACGAAAUACAAGUGACGCUUAGCCAGGGAGGUGGGUCCGCUCCGAGUGAGGUGGACAAUGUCGCGAAUUUCAACUCGGAACGUGAUAGCAGCUUCGCAGUCUCAAAGCGCAUGCGUGUUGAAAUUCGUGCCAUAAACGACCCUCCGUCAAUUGGGAUGGCGUCGAUGUUCUACGCUCCGCUGCGACGGUGGGUGGCCCUGGCGGGGAUUAAGAUCACUGACCCAGACUCAGCAGAAGGUAUGCUGUAUGUGAGCAUAUCGGUUCGUAUGGGAAGACUCCGGGUGAUUCUACCGCAUCAAAUCAACGCCAACGGGCCAAUGGCACUCCAUCCAACUGCCGACGGGGACGUCUCGCAAGCGCUUGAGUUUGCGACCACUGCGAGGCAGGCUCCAGAGAUAUUCACUCGUCUGGAGUACAGCUGUGACGAUCACUAUGACUGCUCCAAUUCCCAGCACGACUAUCUGACAGUCCAAGUCGACGACAACGGUUUACAUGGGGCGGGCUGCCCCGAAGUGGCCACCACGACUGCCGAGAUUAUCAUAGUGGGUAGUUAG